GUGGCAGCCGGUGGAGAGGUGCAGUGUAACUUUAGACUGGUCCUCCUCGUUUAUUAGUCCACCAAUCAGAGAGCAGCGCUUCCUCCCCCUCCAUUCACGCUAGUAUUUAGCAUCAGAGACUAGGAUAAAGUUUCCCAAAAAAUUAGGAAAAAACUUCCUGCGGGAGGAAAACUUUGCCAAGCUCUGCUUCUGGAAGUGGAGGCGCAGUCUCGGGACUUCGGGACUUCGGGACAAACUAACCCCAGCAAAACGCACGGAUAUAACGGUGUAAGCACAGAUUCGAAGGUGGAGAGCGCGUUUUCUCCUCGACCUUCUCAUUUCUUUAAAAAAGAAAUGGAAGAGAGUUCAAGCUCUCCCGUCUCCCCAGUGGACAGCCUGGUGACCAGCGAGGAGGAGUUGGACAGACAGCAGCAGAAAAGGUUCGGGAGGAAGAGGAGACAGAGUAAAAAGUCGAGCGAGGACGGCAGUAGCCCGAGCUCCGUGAAUAAACGGAGCAAAAAGCCGAGUCCGAGCAGCACUCAGUCGUUUGAGGAGCUGCAGAACCAGCGCGUUCUGGCGAACGUCAGGGAGAGGCAACGGACUCAGUCGCUGAACGACGCCUUCGCGUCUUUGCGCAAAAUCAUCCCCACGCUCCCCUCGGAUAAACUCAGCAAGAUCCAGACGCUCAAGCUCGCCUCCAGGUACAUUGAUUUCCUCUGUCAGGUGCUGCAGAGCGACGAGAUGGACAGCAAGAUGUCGAGCUGCAGCUACGUCGCGCACGAGAGACUCAGUUACGCCUUCUCGGUGUGGAGGAUGGAGGGCGCGUGGUCGAUGUCUGCGUCCCACUAACGGAGACACUCGUCCGUACAAUGCCGAAAGGGAAGCUUGAUUUUUAAGUGAGAAGGUGCGCUGCCACCUAAACCAUGUUUAUGCUUGUGAAAUAAGUGCACCGUAACCACUGAAACCAAAGACUGACAUCUUUAAGGCAAGGCUGAAAUCUUUCAGGCUAAAAUGUGAUACAAUAUGAGCAAUUACUAAAAAUAAUUCUGUGAUUUUUAAUUUAAAAUGUAUUUUCAUUUACUUUUUAAUUAACUAAAAUAUGCAUGCAAGUCUCCAAUUUAUUAGUUAUAUCCUGUGGUAUUUGUUGUUAUGAAGCUGCAUGUCUCUAUAAUACUGAAUACAGUCCUGUUUUAUAUCACCAAUAGGAUAUUAAAAAUAUAAAAUGAGUAAUUCAUUUGAAUCAUCCCAACUGAGUCUAGCUGGAUAAAGCUGGAGGUUUCGUUAUAUGUGCUGGAUUAGGCCUCCAUCAAUCAAGACAACACAACACACAGCUGUCAAAAAAAUGUUCAACUCAAUCCUUGUGAUGACAUUAGGUUGUAUUCUUUUGCAUUUAUUUGCAUAAAGUGAUAUGUGCUACUGAGAAGUCAGAUUAAAGGCAGGUGUACGGCUUCGCGUUUCAAACCAAAUGACCUCCUAAAACAGUUAUUUUCCAGUGACGUAAUUCCACCUGGGAUUUGUGUAACAUGUUUGAACCAAGCCUUUUCCUGUGCAAGCAUGUGCUCCCACUCAGAAUUAAAUAAUGGGAUCAUUAAUAGCUUCCCAUUUCUCUACAUUUUAAUCCAAGGCUGUGCGUUCAACCUCAAGCAAAUCUUGAAGCUUUAGGCCUUCGUAGAAAAAUCCGGCAUUGAAGUUUCAGGGCUAUUUGAUAUAAAGCAGCAGAUUUUUGAACCUUUCUUAGUAAU